ACAAAAUAAAUCCACGUAAAAAGGUUGAUAUCCCGGCAUUUAUUUAUAAAAUAUCCGAUGUCAGCCGCCAGGAUCCAGGAAUACGAUUGCACCGCGAAGUGUAGACACCGCCAGCAUGGAAACGCAAUCACAGCCGCGCUGACUAAGCGCUCCAUUGACCACCAAAAGCUGGCGGCUUUUAUUUUCAAGACGUGCGGAAAUUUCGCCAAUAUUCUUGACGACCUGGGUCGCUCGGCGGUGCACAUGGCUGCAUCCACUUCACGAUACGAGAUUCUAGAGUGGCUGCUUAAUCAUGGAGCCUAUAUAAAUGGCCAGGAUUAUGAAUCCGGCAGUAGCCCAUUGCACAGAGCCCUAUAUUAUGGCUCAAUAGAUUGUGCCGUACUACUACUACGCUACGGGGCCAGCUUGGAGCUUCUUGAUGAGGACACCAGAUGUCCACUGCAAGCCAUCUGUCGAAAGUGUGAUGAUUAUGACUUUGCCAUGGACUCGCAGAACGAUGUCCUGGUUUGGGGUUCCAACAAGAACUACAACCUUGGCAUUGGCAACGAGCAGAACACCAAUUCCCCACAGGCGGUGGACUUUUUCCGCAAGUCCAAUCUGUUUUUGGAACAGGUGGCCCUUGGAGCUUACCAUAGUCUAUUUUGCGACAAAAAGGGUCACCUUUACGCCGUUGGUCAUGGCAAAGGUGGUCGCCUUGGCAUUGGUGUAGAAAAUAGCCUGCCUGCUCCCAAGAGGGUGAAGGUGUCCUCAAAACUUGGCGACGAUUCCAUAUUGUGUAUCAGCGUCUCCCGUCAGCACUCUCUAGUGCUCACGCACCGCUCACUUGUUUUCGCCUGCGGCUUAAACACAGACCAUCAGCUGGGAGUGCGUGAUGCCCCCGAGCAUCUCACUCAGUUCAAAGAAGUGGUCGCAUUGCGUGACAAAGGUGCCAGCGAUCUGGUGCGUGUGAUCGCCUGUGAUCAGCACUCGAUCGCCUACGGCAGCAGGUGUGUCUACGUCUGGGGGGCCAACCAAGGCCAGUUUGGCAUCAGUGCUAACACACCGACCAUUAUGGUGCCCACAUUGAUAAAGCUGCCUGCCAAGACUACAAUCCGUUUUGUGGAGGCCAACAAUGCAGCCACGGUAAUUUACAGUGAGGAGAAGAUGAUUACUCUUUACUAUGCAGACAAGACUAGAUACAUUAAGACGCCAAACUACGAAGAUCUCAAAAGCAUAUCGGUGAUGGGUGGAAACGUUAAGAACUCCACCAAGGGCUCUGCUGCAGCUUUGAAGCUAAUGAUGCUUACUGAAACCAAUGUAGUGUAUUUGUGGUAUGAGAAUACUCAGCAAUUUUACAGAUGUAAUUUUUCACCUAUACGCCUUCCCCAAAUUAAAAAAAUCCUCUACAAGUGCAAUCAGGUUAUGGUGCUUUCUGAGGAUGGCUGUGUUUAUCGGGGAAAGUGCAAUCAGAUUGCCUUGCCCGCCUCAGCACUUCAAGAGAAGUCCCGGGCUAACCUUGACAUCUGGCAGGACAACGAUCAGAAUAAAACUGAAAUCUCGCGGGAGCACGUGAUCCGUAUCGAGUUGCAACGAGUGCCAAAUAUAGACCGAGCCAGCGACAUAUUUUGCGACGAAGGAUUCUCCUCUUUCGCCGUCCUUCAGGAGUCACAUACUAAGUACUUCCGAAAACCAACACUGCCACGCAAAGAGCACAGCUUUAAAAAGCUGCUGCACGAGACCAGCGACUGCGAUGCUGUCCACGAUGUGGUGUUUCAUGUGGAUGGUGAGAAGUUCGCUGCCCACAAGUUCAUCAUAUAUAGUCGGGCACCAGGUCUUACCGAGCUCAUACGCUUUUAUUUGGAUAAGAAUAUAUAUCUUAAUUUUGAGCAUUUAACGGGGAAGAUGUUUGAAUUGAUUCUGAAGCACAUCUACACGAGUUAUUUGCCAACUGAGGAUGAUAUCGACUGUAUACAGCAAAGCUUGGGCCCCGCGAAUCCACAACAGCGGACCCGAACCUGUGAGAUGUUCCUUCCACAUCUGGAGAAGUUUCAGCUAGUCGAGCUGGCCAAGUACGUGCAUAGUUACGUGCGAGACAAUCAAUUCCCACUGCCCAAUGCUCGCCAGCGUUUCAGUCGAUUGCAUCGCUCCGAUUUUCCGGAGCUCUAUGAUGUAAAGAUUGUGUGCGAGGACGGAAAGAUACUAGAGGCUCAUAAAUGUAUGUUAGUAGCACGGUUAGAAUACUUCGAGAUGAUGUUCAUGCACUCCUGGGCGGAACGUUCUUCUGUCACAAUGGAGGGCGUUCCUGCGGAGUAUAUGGAACCGGUUUUGGACUACCUUUAUAGUCUAGAAACCGAGACAUUCUGCAAGCAGGGUUACCUGGAGACGUUCCUUUACAAUAUGAUCACUAUUUGCGACCAGUAUUUUAUAGAGUCGCUCCAGAACGUGUGUGAGUCACUCAUUCUAGACAAGAUCAGCAUAAGAAAGUGCGGAGAGAUGCUUGAGUUUGCUGCCAUGUACAACUGCAAAUUACUGCAGAAGGGCUGCAUGGACUUCAUCUGCCAAAAUCUGGCAAGAGUGCUUUGCUAUCGUAGUAUUGAACAAUGCGAUGGGGAGACUCUAAAAUGCCUGAAUGACCACUAUCGAAACAUGUUUAAAAGAGUGUUUGAUUAUCGGCAAAUAACACCCUUCUCAGAGGCUAUAGAGGAUGAGCUGUUGCUAAGUUUUGUGGAUGGUUGUGAGGUGGACCUGGAUUACAGAAUGGAUGCGGAGUCCAAGCUUAAGCAGGCUGCCAAGCACAAGCAGAAGGACUUACGCAAGCAGGAUGCCCGACACCAGUAUGAACAGCAAGCCAUAUCAAGCAUGAUGCGAUCUCUAAGCGUCAGCGAAUCGGCUCCCGGACCAGAGGUGCCUUCAUCCCCACAGGAAAGCUCACGCAGCGAAGUCAAAAACUGGUCACGGGUGGUGGACAAAAAGGAUCAAAAGCGUAAACAGGCUGAAACUGCUUUGAAAGUGAACAACACACUCAAGCAGGAGGAGCCCCCUACUCCUGAACUGAUACCCAUUGAAAGAAAGCCUCUAAAAGAGCAAACACCUCCGCCAUACUCUUCUGAAACGGAACCCACUACUCCCUUGAGCAAGAGUUACAACCUCGAUUUUAGCUCAUUAACGCCCCAGUCGCAGAAACUUUCACAGAAACAACGAAAGCGUCUUUCCUCCGAAUCCAAGAGUUGGCGGGCCAACCAACCCCUGGUAGAGCAAUUCUCCACGCCGGUUGCAGUGCCGAAUGCAUGGGGAGUGACCACCACACCGUCAAGUUCGUUCAAUGACACUUUUACCUCGCCGACCACUGGUAGCAGUUCGGAUCCGACCUCAUUUGCCAAUAUGAUGAGAGGACAAGCAGCCUCAUCGACCACUCCUACUGAACAGGGCCAGAGCUUCUCGCGCAUCCUGGCCGAUGAGAGAAGGCAGAGAGAGUCCUACGAGCGCAUGCGAAACAAAUCUUUGGUUCACACACAGAUCGAAGAGACGGCUAUUUCUGAGCUAAGAGAGUUCUACAAUGUGGACAACAUAGACGACGAGACAAUAACUAUUGCCCGCAUGUCCAGGCCCAGUGACAUCAAUUUCAGCACAUGGUUAAGGCAGUAAAUUGGUAUAUGGAUGCCCCUCAGGUAGCUUAGUAAUAUAGAGUGUUUGUUUUCGUUAUUGUUUUUAUUAAGUGUCCGAAUUGUAAGUGAUUUUGAAGCUGAUUUACUGCAACCGGGGGCAUCAAAUGUAGAACUCGGAGCCGCCUGCAAAGAAGCUCACGAUGUACUCGUUCUGAACCAGAUGCAAUCGGGAUUUGGACGGCACAUUGGGUAACAAACUUUAUUGCAUGAGUACAUAGAUUAUACAUAUAGAUAUAGAUAUUUACAAGCUGGGGGACACACUCAACAAUGAGGCAACAAGACAGGUGACGAAUAAAUAGCCAUCUAAGCUAAGCUAAACCGAACCGAACCCGAAAUAAACCCGUUGCUUAUGCAAAUGAGAACAAGA